GAAUAAUUAUAGGUCCCUAACCUCAUAUAUCGUUAUAUCAGACAAGUAACCUCCCCUCUGACGAUGAUGUAUCCAACUAAACGGCGCCUAAACCGGAGGCUAACGUUGGACAUGCGUCCGCCUCUCCCUUCUCCAGCUCCUCACCUCCCAACCUACGCAUCACGCGCUACUCACUGAAUCAUCUCGUCACGAUUUACGCUAUAUUACUGAUUACCCAGGUCCUGUUCACGGCAUGGAAUCAUAAGCCCACACCCGAAGAGUUCCUUAACUUUGAACAGAGGUGGAUGGGACGACCAUCCAGCGGUUCGUUGUAGCAGCAUCACCAUCGCCAUCAACGCCAUUGCCUCUUCCCCUACGUUGUCAAAUAGGUAACUAACGGCAUAAUCAGAGAACAUAUAAGACCCAUAUUCUUGGUCGUUUGCGACUGAGUGAUAAGGAUAUCGAGCCGUGGAAUGCAGACUCGGCCAGGGAAAGGAGCCUGCCUAUAGACGCGACAGGACCCCGGCAACCGUCACUUGCCUAGCAGAUACACGGCCCUUACUCGCUCGGUGCUAGCAUCAUGGCGGGAAUCACCUCCUUUCAUUUCUUCGGCCUUCCACCCGAAUUACGGACCGCCAUCCUCACUCAGCUUCUCGUCUCGGACUCUAGUAUCGUGCUGCACAACAAGACUCUCUUUCCUCGGCCGCUCUCGAACGCCGCGAGCACGCUGAACGUGUUCCUCGUCAGCCUUCAGAUGUACGAAGAAGCCUCGGCGAUAUUCUACUCCCAGAACUGGUUCACCCUGAAUGCUCAAAGCCACCGUCUACCUAUCCAUCUCACUGGCCGAGGCGGUUUCCUAAGCCGAGAAGGGCAGGAUGCUCGCAGACGGGUGCGCAACCUAACACUUCACCUGACGAGGGUAGGCGGCGAAUUUGGCGAUAUUCUGGGACCCGCACUCUCCGACAUGGUAUUGUGCGGAGGCCUGCGGGUGCUCAACGUGCGGCUGGGAGAGCCGAGUUGGCGUGGCGCAAAUCGAGUGCCGGAUCCCGACACGGUGCAACGGCCUCCUUUCCAAGCACUGCUCGACCUCCUAGCGGAUCCGUAUCUGGAAAAAGUCGAAUUAUCAACCUGGAAAGCGCAUCUGGCCGUGUUCUGUCCGUUUCACCGAGAAGCCAGUUCGUUGACGAACCGGGCCACGGAGUCCACGGAUGAUCAGGGCCUAGCCACUCUGCGAAACGGUCCGGAUUGGAUCGAGCUGGAUUGGAGGGCUAUGAACGAAGUGCACGGAACGGGGCAGCGAAUCGUGAGGAUCGGCGAGAGAACCUAUUAAGAUGACACUGGCGAGGGAUAACCGGCGGUCACCUUGAACACCCGGACUCUCCCCGCCAAUGACGGCAGUCUAUUUCAGGAUUUGGUAGCACUACGCCAAGAGUAGUGAGCGAAGCCAAGAUCAGAUCAGCCUCCGCGGCGCACUUGUUUACCGAGGAUAUUGGUGUCUGUGUGGAGGGUUCACUUUUCAUGGGACCGUCCGCGUU